UGGCCUUCUGCAUGUCCGAUGUUUAGUUGCCGAGAUCACUCCUGAUCCUCAACGCUUGUAUUUAUGAUUUAUGGCUUCUCGUUUAGGUCUGAGCAUUUUCUGUAAUGUAAAAUUGUGCUAAACCCAACAACCCAAAAUAUUCUCCGGAACUUCUUUUAGAGACCUUCGGAUACGUUCAAAAGACGGACCGCCAGUGUUACCUUAUUUGCUGACCGUGUAGAAAAGUGCCCAGCUAAUGCACUUCGUUACUGCCUUUAAAUUUUUUUGUUGGUCUGUGCUUUGAAUUCUUUUAAUGGACUGCGUGGAGCAGAAAAAUACACAAGCAAAGGCGCCUUCGGUAAUCGAUCGAUAUUAUACUCGAUGGUACAGAGCAGACAUGAAAGGGAAACCGUGUGAAGACCACUGCAUCUUGCAGCAUUCAAACAGAAUAUGCGUCAUAACUUUAGCAGAGACCCACCCAAUCCUUCAGAAUGGACACACAGUUAAAAGUAUCAACUACCAGAUCAGUAAUGGCUGCAGUCGGUUAAAUAAUAAAGUGUCUGGGAAGUCCAAACGGGGGGGGCAGUUCCUUACUGAAUUUGCACCAUUGUGCAGAAUAACAUGUUCAGAUGACAAUGAGUACACAAUCUACAGCUGCAUCCGGGGUCGUCUUCUGGAGGUCAAUGAGAAUAUUUUAGAGACACCAAAUCUCUUGCUGGAAAAGCCAUCUACUGAAGGGUACAUUGCUGUCAUCCUGCCAAAGUUUGAAGAGAGCAAGAGCAUAACAUCAAAUCUGCUAAGCAGAGAAGAGUUCGAGAGCCUCAUCUCCAAGCGUGGCCAAUCACAGACUUCAUGACUAAUGCUGCAUUCAUGCCCAAACUGUUGUAGGAAAACUUUUGCUCUCACCAGACUGACUAAAGAUGGGGAAUAUUAUCCUGAAAAUCAGUCCCUAAAGACUUUUGUUAACAAUAUAAGCACUGUGCCUUUAGGUUAUACAUUUGUCUUUUUUUUCAGUGUAUAUACAGUAUAUAGAUGUGUAUAGGGUAUAAACAAAAUACAGUUCUGAUUUUCAACUUGACAGUGCUUGAAAUUAUGUUGAAUUUAUUUUUGUACAACAUAAAGAAAAACCCAACAGUGA